AUGAAGCCGACAACUGCAUUCCCCCUCAUUUUAGCAACAGGGACGGCAUCUGCUGUCGUGGGCCGGGAAACAACUUCCAUUAAUUAUAACUCAGCACCGCCAAAUCUUUCAACAUUAGCUAAUGCUUCACUGUUCGAUACAUGGAGACCCAAAGCCCAUGCCCUUCCUCCAUUUGGGAAAAUAGGCGAUCCUUGCAUGCAAUAUACAGAUCCUAAGACAGGACUGUUCCAUGUGGGAUGGCUUCAUAAUGGUAUUUCAGCCGCCACAACAGAUGAUCUCGCUACAUAUACAGACGUCAACCCCGAUGGAAACCCAUCGAUUAUCGCAGGUGGAGAAAACGACCCCCUUGCGGUGUUCGAUGGCUCCGUGAUCCCCAACGGAAUUGAUGGCAUGCCCACUCUCUUGUAUACCUCUGUCUCCUAUCUCCCAAUUCAUUGGUCAAUCCCUUACACUCGUGGAAGCGAGACCCAAUCCAUUGCUGUCUCAUAUGAUGGUGGUCACAAUUUCACCAAGCUCAGCCAGGGUCCCGUCAUUCCCUCUCCUCCUUUUGCCGUUAACGUCACUGCUUUCCGUGACCCUUACGUCUUCCAAAACCCGACUUUGGACGAAACUCUGAACAGUACCAAAGAUACUUGGUACACCGCCAUUUCUGGCGGUGUCCACAAUGUCGGUCCUUGUCAGUUCCUAUAUCGGCAGCAUGACCCCGACUUCCAAUACUGGGAAUAUCUUGGGCAAUGGUGGAACGAGCCCGUCAACAGUACUUGGGGAAAUGGCGAGUGGGCCGGUGGAUGGGGCUUCAACUUCGAGGUCGGCAAUGUCUUCAAUCUGAAUGAGAAUGGGUAUAGCGAGAAUGGCGAGAUCUUUGUAACUCUCGGAACAGAGGGUUCUCAAGCUCCUGUUACUCCUCAAGUUUCCUCCAUUCAUGAUAUGCUGUGGGUUGCCGGCAAUGUCACCAACAACGGCUCUGUCUCUUUCAAACCAACCAUGGCCGGUUUCCUUGACUGGGGCUUGUCUGGUUACGCAGCAGCAGGAAAGAUCUUGCCAGCCAGCUCUCAAGCAUCCACCAAAAGUGGCGCCCCCGAUCGCUUCAUCUCAUACGUUUGGCUGACUGGAGAUGAGUAUGAGCUUGCGAAGACCUUCCCCAACGCUCAGCAAAAUUGGACCGGGACAAUGCUAUUCCCGCGUGAGCUGAAUGUUCGCACUAUUCCCAAUGUGGUAGACAACAAGCUUUCCCGUGAAUCGCCAUCUUCUUGGCGCGUGUCUCGCGAGUUCUCUGACCAAGUUGACCUUGAGACAAUGGGAAUAUCAAUUGCCAGAGAGACCUACAGUGCUCUGAUAUCCGGGCAAUCAUCUUCCGAGGCAGGCCGGACCUUGUCCCAGGCUGGUUCUGUUGCAUUCGAGAACUAUCCCUCGAGCAAGUUCUUCGUAUUGACUGCGAACAUCUCUUUCCCAAGCUCGGCCCGUGACUCUGAAGUUCGAUCGGGCUUCCAGAUCUUGACCUCUGAUCUCGAGUCGACGACUAUCUACUACCAGUUCUCCAAUGAGUCUCUGAUUGUCGAUCGUACUAACACAAGUGCUGCGUCUAAGACUACUGCUGGGAUCAGCAGUGAGAAUGAGGCUGGUCGCUUGCGGCUGUUUGAUGUUUUGCGUGACGGAAAGCAGCAGAUCGAGACAUUGGAGCUUACUGUUAUUUUGGAUAACGGAGUGCUCGAAGUCUAUGCCAAUGGACGCUUUGCACUUAGUACUUGGGCUCGGUCUUGGUAUUCGAAUUCUACCGGUAUCAGCUUCUUCCACAACGGUGCGGGUGAGGCGACAUUUGGAAAUGUCACAAUCUUUGAGGGAUUGUAUGAUGCUUGGCCUCAAAGGAGCUGA